CGGCGGCGAGCGGGGCGUGUGCGGAGGAGGGAGCGAGGAGCCGGCGGGGAGGCCGCUGGUUCUAAUGGUUGCGGCGCUGGAACCCUACUAGGCUCGCGUGGCAGGAGCAGCGCGGAGAGCCAGGCGGGGUCCCAGGCAGGGAGGCGAGCGUGUGGCGGUCUCUGCCGCCGCCUUACGGAGCGGGGGGUGCCCGGGCUGGGGGAGAUGCUGCUGCCCGGGCUCUCCUGCAGACUCCAGCCCCAGCCAGCACCACUGCGGGGGGAAGGGAAAGACUCCGACUCCUCAUCUCCAGCCCCCCCCUGCGCGUUAGAAACCCACUGGUAAUAUGCAUGUGUCACUGGCUGAAGCCCUGGAAGUUCGGGGAGGGCCACUGAAGGAAGAGGAAAUAUGGGCUGUAUUGAAUCAAAGUGCGGAAAGUCUUCAAGAGUUAUUCAGAAAAGCUGAUCCUACUGACGUGAGCUUCAUUAUUUCUCCAUGGUCUUUGCUGUUGCUUCCAUCUGGGAGUGUGUCAUUUACAGAUGAAAAUGUUUCCAACCAGGAUUUGCAAGCAUUCAUGGCACCAGAGGUUCUGCAGAACCAGUCACUGUCAUCGCUUUCAGACAUUGAAAAGAUUCAUGUUUAUUCUCUUGGUAUGACCCUCUAUUGGGGAGCUGACCAUGAAGUCCCUCAAAGCCAACCUAUCAAGCUUGGGGAUCACCUAAACAGCAUACUGCUUGGCAUGUGCGAAGAUGUUAUGUAUGCCCGUGUGACUGUACGGACUGUGCUGGAUGCCUGCAGUGCCCACAUAAGGAAUAGUAAUUGUGCACCGUCUUUCUCCUACGUGAAACAGUUGGUUAAACUAGUUCUGGGAAGCCUCUCUGGGGUGGAUCAGCUUUCCUGCAAUGGAGAAAGAAAAUUGCAGACAGACAGAAGCCAGGCCAUUCGGGACAGGCUAAGAGGGAAGGGCCUUCCUACAGGAAGAAGUUUAAUGAGUGAUGCAUCAGAAGUACACAAGACUCAAUUCUCUCAACAGGCUAUGCUGAACAAAGGGCUUAGUAAAUCUAUGGGAUUCCUAUCCAUUAGCGGAGCACCAGGUGAGGGAGACUUUUUCCGAGGCAUGUCCUCAGAUUACUACUCUGGACAUGAAGAUGCUUGCUGUUCAUACCGGUGUAGAACUAACAACUUGAAGGAAAAGAAUAACGUAGGAGCAGAUAAUUUUGCCAAAUGGAAGGUUUGGGCUUCUUCCACAGACUUGCUAGGCACAACUGACAAAGCAACUGAGACAGACCAUUCUGCAGAGUCUCACAGGCCCAACAGUCACUAUGAAGCAGUUACAGUUCCGACUUCAGCUACCACUAGGAAUAAGGACUCAAGAUACUCUGAUGGAAGCAUAGCAUUGGAUGUCUUUGGCCCUCAAAAACUGGACCAGGUGUGCCCGGUGCCAGAGUCAUCAACCUCUGCAGCAAUAUCAUGUGCCUUUGACAGGAUCAGAGAGAGACAGAAGAAAUUGCAGGCUCUGAGAGAAGCCAUGAAUGUAGAAGAACCUAUGAGAAGGUACAAAUCUUACUACAGUGAUGUCUAUAGUACCUCCAGUGAGAGUCCAUCUAUUAUUUCUUCUGAGCCAGAUUUCAGGCAAGUGAAAAGAAAUGAAUGUUUAAAAAGAGAUGACUCUGGUUCUGCUUUAUCAGGAGCUGAGGAUAUUUCUCCAUCAAGUCAAGUUCACCCUUUAAGAUCAAGUAGGCAGUAUGAAGCAGCACCCGAAGGCAACCUGAUAAGCCAAGAAAUAAUGUUAAAGCGUCAAGAAGAAGAAAUGGUACAGUUACAAGCUAGAAUGGCUCUGAGGCAAUCUCGACUCAACCUCUGUCCAGGAGAUCUGGGUAGGACAUCAGUGCUGGACAUCACUAGAGACCCUCUGAGAGAGAUAGCAUUGGAAACUGCCAUGACCCAAAGAAAACUAAGGAAUUUCUUUGGCCCUGAAUUUGUGAAAAUGACUAUUGAGCCAUUCAUCUCCAUGGAUCUACCAAAAUUAAACUUGACUAAGAAAGGGAAGAAUGAGGAUACCAGGCGGAAAGUAAAUGUAAUGCUUCUAAAUGGGCAGAGGCUGGAACUGACCUGUGAUACCAAAACUAUUUGUAAAGAUGUUUUUGAUAUGGUGGUAGCCCAUGUUGGUUUAGUGGAGCAUCACUUGUUUGGCUUGGCCAGCCUAAAAGACAAUGAAUUUUUAUUCGUUGAUCCUGACUUAAAACUAACAAAAGUUGCUCCAGAGGGAUGGAAAGAGGAACCUAAAAAAAAGGGCAAAGACACAGUCAACUUCACCUUGUUCUUUCGUGUUAAGUUCUUUGUGGAUGAUGUCAGCCUUAUACAACACACUCUGACCUGUCACCAGUAUUAUCUACAGCUACGGAAAGAUCUCCUGGAGGAAAGGAUGCACUGCAAUGAUGAGACUGCUUUAUUGCUAGCAUCCCUGGCUCUCCAGGCUGAGUAUGGAGAUUACCAGGCUGAGGUGCAUGGCAUGUCCUAUUUUAGACUAGAACACUACCUACCAGCUAGAGUUAUGGAGAAAUUAGACCUGUCGUACAUCAAAGAAGAGCUGCCCAAACUGCAUAGCACUUACGUUGGUGCUUCUGAAAAAGAAACAGAGAUAGAAUUUUUGAAGGUGUGCCAGAGGCUGACAGAAUAUGGCAUUCAUUUUCAUCGGGUAUUGCCUGAGAAGAAAUCCCAAACUGGAAUCCUGCUGGGAGUGUGCUCAAAGGGAGUCCUUAUUUUUGAAGUUCACAAUGGAGUCCGCACACCCGUACUCCGCUUCCCAUGGAGAGAGACAAACAAAAUAUCCUUUAGCAAAAAGAAGAUAACCCUGCAGAACAUAUCCGAUGGUAUAAAGCAUGCAUUCCAAACUGACACUAGUAAAACUUGCCAAUACCUUCUGCACCUCUGCUCUUCUCAGCAUAAAUUCCAGCUCCAGAUGAGAGCCAGACAGAGCAAUCAAGACACUCAGGACAUUGAGAGAGCUUCAUUUAGGAGUCUGAACCUUCACACUGAGUCUGUUAAAGGAUUUAACAUGGGACGUGCAAUCAGUACGGGCAGUCUGGCCAGCAGCACGUUGAACAAGCUUGCCAUCCGACCUUUGUCAAUUGAAGCUGAAAUUCUGAAGAGACUCUCUUGUUCUGAGCUGUCACUUUUUCAGCCACUUCCUGGCUUCUCCAAAGAGAAGAAUGAGAAAGCUUCAUGGGAGGAAAGACCCAGGGCCAUGAGCAAAUCGUUUCAUGAUCUGAGUCAGAGCCAAGUCUCUAUUUCCCCUCAGCAGAAAAAUGUUAUUAGCGCUGUAGAUUCUUCUCAGAAAAUGGAGGAACUAAUAGGAAGACUCUUUCAGCAGAGGCCAAAAUCUGAUUCUGGGUCAGUAGCUGGAGCAAUGAAACUGAACAAUUCAAAAUCUUUUUCAGGUUUAAGCAGAAGCCUUGAAAGAAAGAAAAAUGAAUCAGACUCGUCAUCCAUUGAAGAUAAUGGUCAAGCUUAUGUUGUAGUAGAUACUCUACAAACAACGCAGCCCAUAGUGUCCUCACCAGAAAGAGAGAUUGUCUUGGUGAAUUUGAAGAAAGAUGAAAAACAUAGCUUAGGAUUUCAGAUUGUUGGUGGAGAGAAGACUGGAAAACUUGAUCUGGGAAUUUUUAUUCACUCAGUAGUUCCUGGAGGACCAGCUGACUUGGAUGGGUCCUUAAAACCAGGAGACCGUCUAAUAUCUGUGAAUAGCAUGAGCUUAGAAGGUGUCAGUCAUCAUGCAGCAUUAGAAAUUCUGGAGAAUGCUCCUGAAGAUGUGACACUUGUUAUCUCUCAGCCCAAGGACAAACUCGACAAAGUGUCAUCUAUACAUUUUGCCAAUGGAACAAAGACUUAUUUAAGGAGACCUUCAUCAAUGCAGGACAAUGAGGCAGAAUCAUCUUCAGAGGAACACAACAGGUCACGAGAUCACCAGAGGCCCAUCUCGGGAAGUUCAUCUGGAUUGUCUGUGGGCAAAUGGGACAGAAGCCUGAACUCCCAAGAUUCCAGGACUGAAAGUGCCAACUUGUCUCAGAGUCAAACAAAUGGCUUCUUUGGCAACCACAUUGGUGACAAAGCCCAUCUGGGUCUGCAACAUUGUAGUGAUUCUCAGUCUACCAUUUCCAAACCAAAUGAGAAAAAAAGGAACUCUGCAGAUGGUAUCCAGACAAAAGCAAAAAGGCCUGGGGUGGUGAAAACUGUGGAUUACUCUGACCGAGGAGAUUCUGACAUGGAUGAAGCAACUUAUUCCAGCAGCCAGGAGCAACAGGCAGCUAAAAAGGAGUCUUCCUCAGUGAAUACAGCAAACAAAAUGAAUUCUAAAAAACUUUCUACAGCACCUCUUAAACCUGGAGAUAUCUUUGAGGUCCAACUAGUCAAAAAAGAUAGCGGCUUGGGAAUAAGUGUCACGGUACUGUUUGACAAGGGUGGUGUAAACACCAGUGUAAGACAUGGUGGCAUUUAUGUGAAGGCUAUUAUUCCUAAAGGAGCAGCUGAGGCUGAUGGUAGAAUUCAGAAAGGUGACCGUGUGCUCUCUGUCAAUGGGAUUAGUUUGGAAGGUGCAACUCAUAGACAAGCUGUGGAAACACUGAGAAACACUGGUCAGGUAGUACAUCUGUCGCUGGAAAAGGGGCAGCUACCAGUGGCCAAAGUCCAUGCUCCAGUUACACCGCAGUGCACGCCUCCAAAUCAGGCAGGACAAAGUGAGCCCUGGAACAAACCAGAGAAGAAACUGACCCAUAGCAAAGACUACAACUUUGUCACUGAAGACAAUAUAUUUGAGGUAAAGUUGCUGAAGAACAGCUCAGGCCUGGGGUUCAGUUUUUGUCGUGAAGACAGCUUUACUCCAGACCAACUGGGCUCAAGCAUAGUGAGGGUUAAAAAGCUCUUCCCUGGGCAGCCUGCAGCAGAAAGUGGACAAAUUGAAAUUGGGGAUGUCAUUCUGAAAGUGAACGAAGCUUCGUUAAAAGGAUUAUCUCAGCAGGAGGUCAUCUCAGCUCUCAGAGGAACGUCCCCAGAAGUCUCUCUUCUCCUUUGCAGGCCACCACCUGGCAUACUACCAGACAUUGAUCCUUCUCUGUUGACUCCCAUACAUUCCCCACAACACAUAUUUCCAGAUGUCAGCAAAGAAACCUCUUGUGUGUCAAAUGGAGAUCAAGGUGAUAGCUCAGAUGAAUAUGAAGUGACUGAUAAGAGCAAAAAGCAGCUAAAAUCUCCCUCUAGAAGAGACAGCUACAGUGACAGUAGUGGGAGUGGUGAAGAAGAGGUAGUGGUGACCCCAACACAGACAGCAAGCCCUGGCUGGAAUUCGGCCCUGUACCAAUCUCUGGACAAAAUGAUGGGUCCUGCACAGAGUCAGUAUGAAACUCCUUGUACCCAGGAGGAAGAAAUCCGUACCAUCUACUACUCUGCUCAUGAGACUCCCAGCAAGCCAGAGUUUGAAGACAGUAAUCCUCCAUGUCCUCUACCCUUGGACUUGCCACCAAUACCAAGCUGUAGAACUGUAACUGAGGUUGCCAUCCCUAGUUUAAUGGAUGAUGCCUACAUCAAUUCCAUCUCAGAGCUAGUUCCACAAAGAGAGAAGAAAACAUCACUGCUCAGCCAAUUUGAAAAACAUACUGAUGACUAUGAACCAGAAGUGGAACUCCAUGUUACCAUGACAAAAUCAGAAAAAGGAAGCCUGGGCUUUACAGUGACCAAAGGCAACGAUAACAUUGGUUGUUACAUUCAUGAUGUUAUUCAGGAUCCUGCCAAAAGUGAUGGGAGGCUACGUCCAGGAGACCGGCUCAUCAAGGUUAAUGACAUGGAUGUCACUAACAUGACACACACAGAUGCAGUCAGUUUUCUCCGAGCUGUACCAAAGACUGUCACAUUAGUCGUUGGACGUGUUUUGGAGUUACCAAAGAUUCCAGUGUUGCCUCAUUUGCUGCCUGAUAUUACAUUAACAUGCCAUAAAGAAGAUCUGGGUCUGUCUCUAUCAGGAGGUCAUGACAGCCUUUACCAGGUGGUCUAUAUUAGUGAUAUCAAGCCAAGGUCUGUUGCUGCCAAUGAGGAAAGUCUCCAUACAUUGGAUAUAAUCCAUUAUAUUAAUGGAAUUAGCACACAGGGAAUGACUCUGAAAGAAGCCAAAAGAGCACUGGAAAUGUCACUUCCUAAAGUGGUGCUGAAAGCUACAAGAGAUGGUCGCCCAUUGGUUCCAAAGUCCAGGGGCUCUGUCAGCUCAAGUCCAAGGGUAAUGAAAGCUAAUGGCCAUCUGCCUGGGGAUCACUAUGGAAACAUAGAAAUAGCACCUGGUAUUUAUGUGCCUGAGGUUCAUGAGGAAAACAUGAUAGGAGUUUCUCAUGCAAAUGCAGUAAGCAGCAUUCAUCAGGCAACAGGACUAAUGAAGUUCACUGAUUCUAGAAAUAUGUCCUCCAGUGGUUUUACAAAUCAGAUACAAGAUUUUUCCAAGAACGAUGAUCACUCGGAAACAGAGAUAUUGGAUGAAGACUAUUAUGAUGCAGAUGACCACAAUGAAGUUGUUCAAUAUCUGUUGGAUGUUGUAGAUGAGGAGGCCCAGAACCUCUUAAAUUAUAAUAAUGGAAGCCCAGGUGAUUGUUUCUCAGCAGAUUCUUUAGAGACCAAUGGAAAGCUGGCAGAAGAAAAAGCUGAAGACACAGACUGUGAUGGGUCAUCUUUGCCUGAAGACUUUCCAGAGCCGACACAAAUAAAUGGCUGUGAAGAACAUUGUGAAGACAAAGUAGUGUCUGAAAGAUCUCAACAACUUCUUGUGGGACAAGCAGAUGAAGAUGAAAUUACAUGGGGAAGUGAUGAACUCCCAAUAGAAUCAAUAAAUCAGGAACAUCUAGCUAAAGUUUGCCCAUUAGUGACAAAUGAAGAGCUCUCUGCACUCCCAAUUGUCAGAGUGCUUCCUUCAGGCAAAUACACUGGAGCCAAAUUGAAGUCAGUCAUCCGAAUGUUACGUGGACUAUUGGAACAAGGAGUUCCUUCCCAAGAGAUUGAGAACCUUCAAGACUUAAAGCCAUUGGACCGCUGUUUGGUUGGACAAACUAAAGAGAACAGGAGGAAAAACAGAUAUAAAAAUAUACUUCCCUAUGAUACCACUAGAGUGCCCCUAGGAACUGAAGGUGGAUAUAUCAAUGCCAGCUUCAUUAGAAUGCCAGUGGGAAAUGAUGAAUUUGUCUACAUUGCAUGUCAAGGACCACUCCCAACGACAGUAGCGGAUUUCUGGCAAAUGACUUGGGAACAAAAGUGUACUGUAAUAGCCAUGAUGACCCAGGAAGUAGAAGGAGAAAAGAUAAAAUGCCAGUGCUAUUGGCCAGAUGUACUUGGCAAAACUAUCAUGGUAAAUGAUAGACUUCGACUGGCCCUUGUGAGACUGCAGCAGCUGAAAAGCUUUGUCAUUAGAGUGCUGGAGCUAGAAGAUAUUCAAACUGGUGAAUUACGACAUGUUUCUCAUCUGAAUUUCACUGCCUGGCCAGACCAUGGCACACCAUCUCAACCAGACAACCUGCUCACUUUCAUCUCCUACAUGAGGCACGUUCAUAAAUCGGGGCCAAUCAUCACUCACUGCAGUGCAGGCAUUGGACGUUCAGGAACACUUAUUUGUAUUGAUGUGGUUCUAGGAUUAAUCAGCAAGGAUCUUGAUUUUGACAUCUCUGAUUUGGUGCGUACAAUGCGACUACAGAGACAUGGAAUGGUUCAGACGGAGGAUCAGUACAUUUUCUGCUAUCAAGUUGUCCUCCAUGUCCUAAAACAUCUCCAAGCUGAAGAACAGCAGAGAGGCAAAUAAAAUACCAAAGUCUAAAGUGCUUUUAAAAAAGCAUCAGUGACAUUUGGUUGUAACUCGAUCUCUUCGUAAGUCAGUCCCCAUUCAUUGAAAUGAGCGUUCAAUAAGCGCGUUUGUAAGCGCGGAUCACUGUUCGUAAGUCGGGGACCGGCUGUAUGGGAGGUUGGUCGUAAGUGCGGAUGGUCAUACGUCAGUGUGUUCGUAAGUCGGGGACCACCUGUAUUUUGUUAGUUUUGCCAAUAUUAUCCCAGUCCUUCUUUUCAUUCUCAUCAACCAUCUCUUCUAUGCAGUCAGGCCUUCAUGCCACCUAUAAUACAUGGUAAAGGGCAAGACAUUGUAGUACCACUACUUCUCCCCUCUCCAUAGUGUUGGGGUUCUUUAUAUACCAGGAAAAAUAUUUAGUAAAGUUGCAUUUUGCAGCUUCCUUAUUCUAUGAUAAAUUACUGAAAUUAAAAUCAAUUAAAAAAUGCAAUAAUGCCUUCUGUGGGUAUGCAGCUAUUUUUUUAGUGUUUUUCUGCUGCAGGAGGAGGAGGUUGGGAAAAUAAGGAAGUAUUUUAUUCUGGUGAACUUUCUUACAGGGACAUUUUAUUGGUCUAUUUUAAAAACUUGUUUAUAGCAGAUCUUUUUUUUUUCAGUAUUUUGAUAUAGUAAAGCAAUUUUAUAGGGGAUACUUGAAAUCAGUAUUUAAGCUUUAUGAGACACCUAUUAGCCUAGAAAAGAGUAGUGAAUAUUUACUAUAAGUAUCACAGUUUCUAAUGUUUACUUCAUAGAAUUUCAUGUAUAUAUUUAUAUACUUUUACAAAACAAGCUGAAUUAUCAGGUGCCUACAUUUAUAACUGAUUAGGCAUUUUCCAC